ACACACAAAAAGCCCGACGGUGCCGCUGGAGGAGCAGUUGUGUGUGUGGCCAUGGGGAGAGCUGAGCGGCUGUAGGGACCGAUGCCAGGUUGUCGUCAGCUCUGCGUCUGACAUACAGGAGUUCGACAUACGGGUUUGACUUGUGGAGAAAGGGAACCAGCUGCACAGACGGGCUUUAGUGGUGCACAUCAAGGAGAUAAACUACAUCAAUGAAGACACCUGGCAUGGCGGUAUUCAAGCAGCAGCAUAUCGAUGAUUUCUACGAAAUUGGAGAACAACUAGGAAGUGGGCAGUUUGCCAUGGUCAAACGAUGUGUAGAAAGGAGCACUGGCGUCGAAUAUGCAGCCAAGUUCAUCAAGAAGCGGCAGAGUCGGGCCAGUAGACGAGGCGUGAAAAGAGAUGAGAUUGAGAGGGAAGUGAACAUCCUGCAGCAGCUCCAGCAUAACAACAUCGUUACGCUACACGACGUGUACGAGAACCGCACGGAUGUGGUGCUCAUACUUGAACUGGUGUCCGGAGGAGAGCUGUUUGAUUUCUUAGCUCAGAAGGAGUCUCUCAGUGAAGAGGAGGCUACUCAGUUUAUGAAACAGAUCCUAGAUGGAGUCGAGUACCUACACUCCAAGAGGAUCGUGCAUUUCGAUCUGAAGCCUGAAAACAUAAUGCUGCUGGACAGGAAUGUCGCUCUCCCCCGAAUUAAACUCAUAGACUUUGGACUGGCUCACAAAUUAGAAGCUGGGGCCGAUUUCAAAAACAUUUUUGGAACUCCUGAGUUUGUUGCUCCAGAGAUAGUCAACUAUGAGCCGCUGGGCUUGGAGGCGGACAUGUGGAGUAUUGGAGUCAUCACAUAUAUACUUCUGAGCGGCGCAUCACCUUUCCUGGGUGACACCAAGCAGGAAACCCUGGGAAACAUUUCGGCGAUGGACUACAACUUUGACGAAGAGCUCUUCAGCAACACAAGCGAGCUGGCCAAAAGUUUCAUCAGACAGCUCCUGGUGAAGGACACGAGAAAACGGAUGACCAUUCAAGAGGCCCUCAACCAUCCCUGGAUUAAGCCUCUGAAUCCCAGACAGGCCAUGGUGAAGAGGUUGUCUGUGGUCAACUUGGACAACUUCAAGAGACAGUAUGCCAGACGCAGGUGGAAGCUGUCAUUCAGAAUUGUGGCUCUGUGCAAUCACUUAACGCGGAUCAUGAAGAAGGGGCCCAAACAACUUGAGCAGAAUGGGAGGGAUUGUGAAAGUGACCAAGAAGAAGAUGUCCUGAAGAGGAGGCCGAGGAGCAGAAAGAGAAGCAGCACUUCCUGAGAGCAAAGCGUCAACGGCGUUGUGGUUGCCAAACGGCGACUCUGCGGCAGACACUCUACAGCUGUCAUGUGUCAUGAAGAGUCAUCUCGCAGUGUCUUCUUGGGUGACUGCGGUACACGCAGCAUUUUAGAGAGCAUCUGGCAAUUGUGUUCUGCCAUUUCUAGAUUCAUGCUAACUUGACAUGAGAAGCUUAUUGUUGACAGGAAGUGAGGGGCCACAAGCAUGUAGGCAUGUAGCUUCCUCCUUUGACUGCAGUCUUAAAAGUCCCUCAGCUGUUAAAAUCCAAGUGUUGACAGCGUUAGAUUAUGUUAUUUUUAGCAGUCAAGCUGAAUCAGAAUACAGUGAAGACAGUGAGCUAUCGUAAAAUAUUUUCUCAAUUACUCAUGUCCAAUGUAGCAAUAAUCACAUUUCAUCUUGCACACACAAAGGCAGUGACACAUACAAGAGAUUCACCAGUUGGAUUUAUAAAACAAUUGUUGGAUUCUGAUGUAUUAAUGGUGUAAAUAUAAUAACAGCCAAAUGUCUUAAUUUCACCGUAACUCAUAUCUUAAAAUGAUCAUACACUGUUUUAAAAACACGUAUGUUUAUUUCUGUUUACUUGUAUGUAUUGUAAUUUGAAAUGUGUUUAUUAAAUGACUGAUCAUGACGUUUU